GAGAAGUGGAAGCUAAAGUCAGAUCGAUUUGCGCUGAAUUUAGUCGCAUUUAACUUUGAAGUUGUUUCUUGAACUUUACCCAAGAAACCACAGUGCUGACAGCCAGUGUCGACUCUUUUGUUGAGCCCUCAUCUUGAAGCGUAAUCCCUGUUCUUAGCACCAUUGCUAAGCCCUCCUUCCUAGCGCCACAAUGAACUUUUCUUGCGAGUCCCAGGUCUCCAACUGGACAGUGGAUCCGCUAGGGGGACACAAACUAUGGGAGGUUGUUUUGAUCAUCCUAAUCACAGGUCCCCUCUCCCUGGUGACCAUCAUCGGAAACCUGCUGGUCAUGAUCUCCUUUCGGGUCAACAGCCACCUGCGGACCGUCAACAACUACUUCCUGUUGAGCCUGGCUGUGGCGGACCUGGUCCUGGGGGCCAUCUCGAUGAACCUUUACACUACCUACAUCAUCAUGGGGCGCUGGGCCCUGGGGAACCUAGCCUGUGACAUCUGGCUGGCCAUCGACUACGUGGCCAGCAACGCCUCGGUCAUGAACCUGCUGGUCAUCAGCUUCGACCGCUUCUUCUCAGUCACACGGCCCCUCACCUACCGAGCCAAGCGCACGCCCAGACGGGCGGCUAUCAUGAUCAGCCUGGCCUGGAUCAUCUCCUUUUUCCUCUGGGCACCAGCUAUCCUGCUCUGGCCGUACAUCGUUGAGGAGCAAACGGCAGAGAAGGUUAAGUGCACCAUCCAGUUCCUGACCGAGCCUGUACUUACAUUUGGCACCGCCAUCGCCGCCUUCUACCUCCCCGUCUCCAUAAUGAUCAUCCUCUACUGGCGCGUCUACCGGGAGACAGAGAAUCGCACCCGGGACCUGACCGGGCUGUUGGGCUUGGUGGACAGUCGGGGGGCGUCCCUGGAUUCCAGACAGCAGGUGCCCUACUCCAUCAGCGCCAAGAGCAGCAUCAGCAGCUCUAGGGAGACACACGCUGGGGAGAGUCAGGGCAGAGAGAGGCAGAAUGGCUGCUUCCCCAUUAGACUGGCCAGAGACAGAGAAAGGAACGUGCUGACAUCAUCACUGCAAAGAGGGAGGAGCAACAACGGCGUCUGGAACUUGGACGAGGAAGAGGCGUCGGACUCGUCUUCCUCGGAGGCGAAGGGAAUGAGCGUCAUGGUGGUGCACGUGCCUAUGAUCCGCCUGAGAGACAUGCAAGGAGAGGUCACAGGCCUCGAGGACAGGGGUGUCCCCAGGGCGGGAAACUCAGGAAGCCUCGGGAUGAUCAGGCAGCACAAAGCCAAGAAAAGGCGAAGCAUGAUAGUCAAGGAGAAAAAGGCGGCCAGGACUCUGAGUGCCAUCCUGCUGGCCUUCAUCCUGACCUGGACACCCUACAACGUCAUGGUGUUGGUGUCCAUCUUCCGAUGCGUCCCGGAGAAACUGUGGCAGCUGGGCUACUGGCUCUGCUAUGUCAACAGCACCGUGAACCCCAUGUGCUACGCCCUCUGCAACAAGUCCUUCCGGGUCACGUUCAAGAUGCUGCUGCUCUUGCGGUGGGACAAGAGGAAGUGGGGCAGGCCUCACGACAGAGCCACCCUCAGGGUGCACAAGUCCAGCAGCACUGUCUGAGCUUUA